CGAGCCCCGCAGGGGAGCCCCGGCCCCGGCUCGCCGGCCCCUUCAUGGACGGCGGGACCCCCAAGCCGGCCGGACAGGACCCACCGCACCGCGCUGAUCGCCCACCCCGGCCCCGAAAAUGCUGAUAGUCGAAAAGGCGACUGAGUCCCCCGCGGCCGAGUUCUGUCUGGUGGAGGACGUGGCCGUGCACUUCGCCUGUUUGAUGGACAGGCUGAACGAGCAGCGGCUGCUCCGCCCCGACCUGUGCGACGUGGACCUCGUCCUGGUCCGGCCCCAGGCCGUCUUCCCCGCCCACAAGGGGGUCCUGGCCGCCUGCAGCCCCUUCUUCCUGUCCCUGUUCACCCAGAACAAGCAGCUGCAGCGAGUGGAGCUGUCUCUGGAGGCACUGACGGCCCAGGGGCUUGAGCAAGUCCUCAGCUUCAUCUACACGUCCCGGCUGCAGGUGCACGCGGGCAACGUACAGGCCGUGCUCAGCGCCGCUGCCCUACUGCAGGUCAACGACGUGGCCGCCUCCUGCCAGGAUCUGCUGAGCAGCCGCGCCCUCCGCCUGGCUCCCCCCGCCGCGCCCCCCGCCAUGGCCCUGGUGCCCCCCGCCCCCGACGGCGGCCCCGGCCCCUUCUACUGUGAGAUCAAGCAGGAGGCCGAUCCGCCCCCACCACCCCCGCCCAAGAUCUACGCCCGGGAGGGGCCCGGCCCCUACUCGGUCCGCGUGGAGGACCGGCUCGGUGGGGCCGCCCCGAGGCCCACACCCCACGAGCGCUACAAGGAGGAGGAGGAUGGCGGCGGGAGCGGGGGGCCCGGCGCGACCUGCAAGCUGGAGGGCGGCGGGCCGGCGGGUCCGGUGGAGGAGGUGGAGGAGGGGGGCCCGGACGGUCGGGCGCCCUUCAACCGGGAGCAGCAGAUCAUAGUGGAGGUGAACCUCAACAACCAGACCCUCCACGUCUCCAAGGGGUCCGAGGGGAAGCCCCCGGCCCCAGCCGGCCAGGACGCCACGGGGCUGGGCCGGGAGGAUGGCCUCGGAGCCGCCCGGGACGGGGAGGGGGAUGAGGAGAAUGACCAAGAUGACCGAGAGGAGGAAGAGGAGGAGGAGGAGGAGGAGGAGGAGGAGGGAGACGAGGAGGAGGAGGCAGGGGAGGAGGAGGAAGAAGAAGCUGCAGAAGAGGAGGAGGAGGAAGAGGAAGAGUCAACGGAGGAGGAGGAGGAGGAGGAGGAAGAGCAGGUGGCCGCUGUCGGGGAAGAGCAAGCGGGGCCACGGCGGGGGGCGCCCCGAGCAGGGGCCGGGUCCAGCAUGGCCACCCGAUCCCGGACCCAGGCCCCAGCGGGGGCCCCGGGGGCCCAGGGCCGGAGGGGCCGCCAGCGCAAGAAGGAGCCACGGCGACCACCGCCGCCGGUCCCGGACGGUCCGGGCCCCAAGGUGAGGCUGGAGGAGAAGCAGCGCUACCCGUGCAAGAAGUGCCCACGUGUCUUCAACAACCGCUGGUACCUGGAGAAGCACAUGACCGUCACGCACAGCCGCAUGCAGAUCUGCGAUAAGUGCGGGAAGCGCUUCCUGCUGGAGAGCGAGCUGCUCCUGCACCGCCAGACCGACUGCGAGAAACACAUCCAGUGCGUCACUUGCGGCAAAGCCUUCAAGAAGCUGUGGUCCCUCCACGAGCACAACAAGAUCGUCCACGGCUACGCCGAGAAGAAGUUCUCCUGCGAGAUCUGCGAGAAGAAAUUCUACACGAUGGCACACGUGCGGAAGCACAUGGUUGCUCACACAAAGGACAUGCCAUUCACCUGUGAGACCUGCGGGAAGUCCUUCAAGCGCAGCAUGUCGCUCAAAGUGCACUCUCUGCAGCACUCGGGGGAGAAGCCUUUCAGAUGUGAGAACUGCAACGAGCGAUUCCAGUAUAAAUACCAGCUGCGCUCGCAUAUGAGCAUCCACAUCGGCCACAAGCAGUUCAUGUGUCAGUGGUGCGGCAAGGACUUCAACAUGAAGCAGUACUUCGACGAGCACAUGAAGACACACACAGGGGAGAAGCCGUACAUCUGCGAGAUCUGCGGCAAGAGCUUCACCAGCCGGCCCAACAUGAAGAGACAUCGACGCACGCACACCGGCGAGAAGCCCUACCCCUGCGACGUCUGCGGCCAGCGCUUCCGCUUCUCCAACAUGCUGAAGGCCCACAAGGAGAAGUGCUUCCGGGUCAGCCACCCCGUGACCUCGGACCCCCCAGCCGAUGGCCAUGGCCCCCCUUCCGGCCUGCCACCGCCUGCCCCCCCACCUCCGCAGCCGCUUCUCCACGCACUCCCCCAGACCCUGCCCCCCCUGCCCCACCUCCCCCCACCGCCGCCGCUCUUCCCCGCAGGCAGGAUCAAUUCCAACACCUAAGGCCCCUGGACCCCCAGAGCUCCUCAGUCCACCCCCUGGACGUGCCCUGUGGAAUGGCUGCCUGAGGGGUAGGGUGACUCUUGGCCCCUGUCCCCACCGUCUGUCUUCAUUUCCUUCUGGACUGUCCCGCCCUGCUCCCCGAUGGCAGUUCUAACCCCGGCGUUGGGGCGCCGGCUGCAUCUUGGGGUCCCCCCAGGCCUGGCAUGACCAGGAGGGGACGGUUCUGUCCUUUGUCAGUUUGUCCCAUUGGAGCGACGGGGUAGACAGAAAGCCCGGUCCUGGCGGGGGCCCGGGGAGAUGAGGCAGGGGAGGGACAGCAGGGUGGUCCCUGGGGCAGCAGGCUGGGUUCCAAGGGUUUCUUCUGUUUAUAUUUAUUGAUCCCAUAUCCCCUCCUGGAGGGUGCGGGCAGGCACAGAGCACUAGCCCCUUCCCUCUGCACCCGAACUGUUGGGGGGCAUAACCCAGGAUUCCGUAUGGAUUCGCUUCCCUGGCACUGGGAUGGCCUCUCCAGCCUCUAUCCCCGAGUUGUCCAGCUUCUUCUGAGGGUGCCCCCGCUCUCAGGAAACUGACCGGUGCCCCUCACCAUGGGCGAGGCUGUGGGCCUGUGGGGUGCUUUGGGGGCCUCCAUAGUGAGGGGCUAGGCGAGGGCAUGAAGUGGGGUCUGGAGGUCCAACAUCAUGCUGGAGAACUGGAUGUCCAAGGUCGGGGCCAGGGGCAGAGCUGGAACCCAAAGCCACUGUGGGACGGUCCUGGGGCAGCGGUGGUCUUUGCUGGGGAUACCCUCACUCAACCUUUCCUGACAGAGGGCUUCUGGGGCCCGGUCUUAAUCCAACCAGGGGUUGGCACCGCACCCCCCACUCCCUGCCUGGUCCUGCCUCGGUUGGCAGCCAGGACCCCCGGAAGGGAGAUAAAGGUGGGGGCGUGUCUUGGCCUCAGCACUUGAUUCACUCUUGUGGGGGAGGGAGGUGGAAACAGGAGGGAGUUUGGGAGCAGAAACCGAACCUAGUGCCGAGGCUGAUUGUGGGGGGCUGUUUUUCUCCAUUCGGCUGGUGUUUUUCCAGGGUUGAGACCCCCCCCCCCCCCACCUUCCCCUAGAGGCCGGUCCCAGGGGUGGAGGUGCAGGCUGACCGCUCUGGGCAGCGGGCACCACCCCAACAUGGGGUCUGCCAGAGGAUCAUCUCUGGUGUCCAAGAAGCAGGGAGCGUUGAGCUCGGGUGUGAGCCCCCCCAACCCGCAGCCGAGCGUGGGGGUGGGGACUCAGCCGACCAGCUGUGUGGAUGUGGAGGCACAUCCUGGGUCCUUCUGGUACUCUUUUGGCAGGAUGUGGGGAUCCACGGAGCCGCGGAAACAGUAGGUCAGAGGGCUCCCCUCCCCACUGGUCUGCCCCUGCCUCUGCCCAUCCCCCUGCCCUUGUGCAAUGAGGGAUUGCACGACUGGGCCGGGACUGGAGCUUUGCGGGCAUGAGCUGAGCCAAGCAAGCCCCCUGCGCUCCAUCCUUAGCCUGUUUUGGGGGCUGACCUUGUAUCAAAGUGCAGGCAAGUGGCUUCACAAGCCAACUGUUUUCUCGUUAAGCUUUUGUUACUAUUUUUUUCUUAUUUUUAACUCUUUGCACCUUAUAUCCCGCCUUCCCUGUCCACAACUUUUCCCAGUUGGCUGAGUGCCCAUCUGCAGAACUGAAACCAAGGAAGUUCAAGCCGAUGGCCAUGGACACCCCCAUCCCAAUCCCCCACAAGUCCCGGCUAUGCCCUCUGCCAUCCACCGCCGUUUUUUGUUUGUUUGGUUUGAGGGGACGACUCCAGCGUGGGCUGCCCAGGCUGAAGGAUAGUGGUGGGGAGGGUGUCUUCACAAGUUAGAGAAUCUGACAGUGCAAUAUCAGUCGGGGCAGGGGAGGGAAGGUGGCCCCCCUCCCCCUUCUCCCUUGCAGUGGUCGCCAUCCCAGCGGCCCGCGGAGGGCUUAGGGGUGGGUGGAGGGUCCGGUGGGACGGGGGUAGCAGAGUGAGGGGAACAUGGAGAAAACCCACCCCUCUCGCCUGGCAUGGGGGUGGUGGGCGGCCCAUAGCCGACGACGGGGGUUGGCUAGGGUCCAGUCGGGCUCCGUGUGAUGGAGAAACGAGAAUUAAUAAAAAGCACUUUAUUCUG